CAUUGUCGUAGCACUAUAUAAUAGCAUAAUUAGAAUUAUAAAAGCAGCGUGGUACAAACUACAAAUUCAAUUGGUGAUUUGGUAGUGUAGUAGAAACACCUCUGCUAUGGCUAUGGCCGAAAAUUGGAGCGAAUCCGUCGAGGACCUCCUCACUGCCGGAGACACCGACGCCGCCAUCUCUCUCUUGGAAUCUGUCAUCUCAAACCUCCAAAUCCAAACAUCAUCCGAAUCCUAUUCCCAUCCCCAACUCCCUUCUGCUCUAAACGACCUUGCUCGACUCUACUCCUCCAAGGGUUUCUCUCUCAAAGCCGAUCAACUUCACUCUCGAGCUUCCACUAUUCAACAUCGUCUCCUUCACUCUACAUCUUCUGCUGUUUCUAAUGGGACUCUGAAGCAGCAGCCAUGCUUGUCGCCUAAUUCUGCUCCAAUUCGCAAUGAAUCUUCAACUGAUGGUAACAUCGAAAAAUCAACAAACUUUCUAGAUGAUACUUCGCAAUUGAAGGAGCCCUCGGAUGAUGAUUGGGAAGCUAUUGCCGAGCGCUCACCUGAUGAGUUACUUUCCUCACAAUGUCUGCCUGGAGUAUCAAAAAUUUCUUUGGAAGCUACCAAACCUAAAACCCCUACCCCUAAGCGGCGUGGAAGGGGAACAUUUUCUUAUAAGAAAGAUGAAUUAUACAGUGAUAAUUUAUCUGAUAAGUCAGUUAUUGAUGAUUUAGAGGAUGGAGAUGUUUCUCAUAGUUCAGAAAGGAAUACAGAGAAAACAACAUCAACGUAUGGUACUCGUCAUGUCCUUGUUUUGGCUGAUUUCCCACCAAGCACUAAAACAAUAGAACUGGAGAAGCUUUAUGAGAAUUUCAGAGAUCGUGGAGUUGUUAUUCGCUGGGUGAAUGAUACCACUGCGCUUGCAGUGUUCCGGACACCAUCAAUUGCACUUGAGGCCAGGAACUGCAUAAGUUGUCCAUUCAGAGUAUAUAUACUUGAUGAUAAUAAUGACGAGCUUAUUAACACAAUCUCACCUAAAGAUCUGGAACCUCCUCGGCCGAGGCCAAAGACAUCUGCAAGAACUGCACAGAGGCUGAUUGCGCAGGGUAUGGGAUUAAAACUACCUUCAGCUUCAUUUGGUUCAAGAGAAUUGAGAAAACAGGAAGGUGAUAGGAGGAACCGCAUUGUGACCAGGCAAAGACUAAAAGAUGAUGCUUGGGGAGAUGAUGAAGAUUGACCUUUUUAAUAAUGUAUGGCCAUGUUUUAAUCUUUACUAAUUAAAAUUUCUUUUGUAAAUCAUUCCUUUCACAAUUGCAGAUUUGUGGUGCACAAUCAUUUUUAUUUGUUGUCUAUUAUUUAUUUUGUGGUGAGGUUUUGAAUUAUUAUUGGGGUUUUUUUUUGGGAGGGGGAACCGCUUAAAGAUGUGUUGAUGAGACUUUUAUCUAUCUUUGCUAUUUAUAAUUGACAUGAAAAUUUAUAUUAA